ACGUUGGGCGCCAAGAAUGUUGGCGAUCCGCUACCGACUAGUACGGUUCAGAACCUUGGUGAGUAAAGAAUUACUCCGAGGGGAUAAACAAGGUCCAAACAAAUUUAUUUCACUCCCAACUCCCAGCCCCCUGUCCCAAUUUUAACGCCAGGAAUUUAAAAGUGGCGGGCGAUCCCUCGAGGGAAGGGAAGCGUGCCAAGUCCUGUGUUCUUCUCCUUUCCUACUUUGUUGACAUGCCCGUAGGCACUGUGUCGCUUCCUGAUUGGCCUGAGUGUUUAUGGAGACUCCAGGUCAGCUCGCCUUUUAAUGACGAAGCAUUAUUCGCUGUUAGGUGCUGGGGGCUUGGGACUCGAAGUUCCCUCUAAUGUCCUCUCAAGUAGUCAGUAUACCUGCCUUGGACUGCUCACCCACUGUUUUGGGGCCGUCCUUCUGUAUUCGCCCAUGGUCACCCUUCCUCAGCCGGAGCUGGAGCGGCUCAUCAUCCAGUCCAACGGGCUGGUUACCACAACCCCGACCACCACCCAGUUCCACUACCCCAAAGUGACGGCCACGGAGGAGCAGGAGUUUGCCGAAGGUUUCGUCAAGGCCCUGGAGGACUUCCAUAAACAGAACCAGCUACGUGGAGGGCCUGGGUCGGCCGGAGCGGGGGGCUGUGCCCAGCCGGGGGGGAGAGGGGCCGGCGUCGACCUCACCCCACCCCCGGGGUCCCCGGCCGCCGCCGCUUCUCUCACGCAACAAGAGCCGCCGGUCUACGCCAACCUCAGCAGCUACACAGGAAACGCAACCGGCGCGCUGGGCAGCACCACGGUGAAUUACUCGACCGACACGGUGCCCUACCCGCCCCCGCCCAGCCUGGGCCAGCCCCAACCUCACCCCCGGCUCCAGGAGCUCAGGGACGAGCCCCAGAUCGUACCCGACGCGCCCAGCUUCGGCGAGAGUGCCCCGCUCUCCCCCAUCGACAUGGACACACAGGAGCGCAUCAAGGCCGAGCGCCAGAGGCUGCGGAACCGCAUCGCUGCCUCCAAAUGCCGCAAAAGGAAGCUGGAGCGGAUCUCGCGGCUGGAGGGAAAGGUCAAGAGCCUCAAGAGCCAGAGCACGGAGGGGGCAUCCACCGCCAGCCUUCUCCGGGAGCAGGUGGCGCAGCUCAAACAGAAGGUGCUCAGCCAUGUCAACAGCGGCUGCCAGCUGCUGCCCCAGCACCAGGUACCCGCUUACUGAGGGGCCCGGGAGAAGUUUUCCGAGGGAGGCACGAACGCGGAGCACGCCCAGGUUGGCAUCCGCCUACAGACUGAGGCCCCGC